AACAACAUCAACAACGACAACAAUUACUGUUGUCAGUCGCUCACCGUUGUUGUAUUUAUUGUAUUUUCCGCGUUUCAGCGCGAGAUGAUCCUGGUACAAGAGGAAGUACACUGUAGUACCAGUACUUUAGAUCAUCCUGGUAUAAGAGGAAGUACACUUGUAGUACCAGUACUGUAGAUGAUCCUGGUACAAGAGGAAGUACACUGUAGUACCAGUACUGUUGAUGAUCCUGGUACAAGAGGAAGUACACUGUAGUUCCAGUACUGUUGAUGAUCCUGGUACAAGAGGAAGUACACUGUAGUUCCAGUACUGUAGAUGAUCCUGGUACAAGAGGAAGUACACUUGUGGUACCAGUACUGUAGAUGAUCCUGGUACAAGAGGAAGUACACUGUAGUACCAGUACUUUAGAUCAUCCUGGUACAAGAGGAAGUACACUUGUAGUACCAGUACUGUAGAUCAUCCUGGUACAAGAAGUACACUUGUGGUACUAGUACUGUAGAUCAUCCUGGUACAAGAAGUACACUUGUGGUACCAGUACUGUAGAUUAUCCUGGUACAAGAAGUACACUUGUGGUACCAGUACUGUAGAUCAUCCUGGUACAAGAAGUACACUUGUGGUACCAGUACUGUAGAUCAUCCUGGUACAAGAAGUACACUUGUGGUACCAGUACUGUAGAUCAUCCUGGUACAAGAAGUACACUUGUGGUACCAGUACUGUAGAUCAUCCUGGUACAAGAAGUACACUUGUGGUACCAGUACUGUAGAUCAUCCUGGUACAAGAAGUACACUUGUGGUACCAGUACUGUAGAUCAUCCUGGUACAAGAAGUACACUUGUGGUACCAGUACUGUAGAUCAUCCUGGUACAAGAGGAAGUACACAAAAAUACCACUGCAAUUCGCCCUAAUAGCCUGCGAUGACAAUUCUUUUCAGUACACAUCUGAUGUAAUCUUAGACUGCAAUAGGGUAGUUUUUGUUAAAAAUAGCAUACAAUAGCAUAAACAAGUGUGUCUAAGUUGAUCUUUUUAUCUCAGAUUAUUAUAAUAAUCAUAACUAAAGUGGUAAACCCAUAUGGGUCAUACAGCACUUCAUACUUCAUUAUUAGAUGAGCAGAAUUAACUGAAGGUUUUAGUAUCGGUUGAAUAUGCAGUGGGCACGAGAAGAGUAAAUAUGCAACUGUUGUUACGGUGAGGGUACUGUUGUGCAGUACUAAUAAAUGUACAGCUAUUAUGGUGAAGGAACUAUUUAUGACUAUCAUUUAAUAGUAUAACUAGUAUUAAAGAUACUAUUUAUUUGAUCAUUGUGCAGUAGUAUCAAUAGUUACUGCAACGUAUCAGGUGAAUAAUUUCCUAUGUUUUAUUCUCAUCCAUCUGUUAUGUCUUAUUCUUCAGUUCCUGUGUCAGUGUAGUGUUCCCAGAUAUGAGAAUUAAUAUAAUUUUUUCUCCAGAAUAUUCCUGCUUUUUACAAUCAUUGUUUUUCACAAUCAUUGUAUUUUAUCAUUUGUGACACUUGUCGAUGCAAUAUAGCGCGUCGUCGAUGAGAAACGUAAAAAUUCUUGCAAGAUAACAUUCUUGACGAUUUUUUUUACGUUUGCUUUGUUAAACAAAAGGUGGAUGUAAAUGAAUAUUAUUUGUAGUUUAAAACAUUCUUUGUUUAUUCUUAUUAAUGUAUGACCAUUGUGGCAGUAACACUGUGUCGGUAUUUUAUACCAUUUAUUUCCAGUACAGGAGACACACUAAGACAGUAUAACGGGGAGAGUAAUUGUUUUAUGCCCCCAAGAUAAUUAUAAAUUACUUUUAAAACAUGACAGUGUGUAUUAAAGACUAUCAGUACUCAAUUUAAAACACACAUUCUUUGUUUAUUCUGUAUAUUGUAUUAGCAUUCUGGCAGUUACAUUUGUGUAUGAGGCACUAAAACAGGAGAACGGUGAAAGUUAUUAUUUUACAACCCCAAGAUGAUUAUAAUUUUUUUUUAAACACAGCAGUGUGUGUAAAAUAAAACGCUGUCGGUAUACGUUGUUGCAAAUGUUGGUAAAUAAUUUAUCAAUAAUUUUUUAAUGAAGUGCAGUUUAAUAUUAUUAUUAUACAAGUGCUAAACCCACAAGGGUCACAUAGCACGGUGUUUAAGAACCUUGCCGGGUAAGUGCUCUGCGGCUGGUGAAUAGCUCUUGAUCCAGGGAAUCAUUCCUGGUUGUCAAACAUUGUAUGACCAAUACAGGUUUAGUGCUUGCCCAUGUUUAUAUCAGAGAAAUAUUUUGGCUAUCACUUUAAUGUAACAGUCUCAGAGAUCUCGUUUGGUUAAUCACCUUAUAACUCAUAUGAAAGAUUAAGUGUUCACUAUGUCUGAAGUCCUGGAAGAGUGUGUUCAAACAUCACAAAUUUUAGCUCAACCAGAGGACAAAUUACUUCAGUAUCCGCAGUCUCUGGAAGAGCUUUCGCAAAAUUCUCAGCACACAUCUUCAACUAGAAUCCAUAAGAGGAAGAAAGUGCUCCAGUGUUCGGCGUGUGAAAAACAAUUCUCCCACAAAUCACUGUUAGAUUCACACAUGAGGAUUCAUACUGGUGAGAAGCCAUUUAAGUGCUCAGUGUGUCUAAAAAACUUUGCUCAAAAGGCUACUUUAACAAGCCAUAUGAGAAUCCAUACUGGAGAGAGACCAUACAAGUGUUCAGAAUGUUCAAAAAGCUUUACUCAGAAAGCCACUUUGACGAGCCACAUGAGAAUCCACACUGGGGAGAAACCAUACCAGUGUUCGGUGUGUCUGAAAGACUUCUCUCGGAAACAUUACUUAAUAAAUCACACGAGAACUCACACUGGAGAGAAACCAUACAAGUGUUCGGAGUGUCUAAAAGAGUUUUCUCAAAAAGGUCCUUUAUCAAGUCACAUGAAGAUUCACACUGGAGAAAAAUCAUACCAGUGUCCAGAGUGUCUAAAAGAUUUCUCUAGAAAAAUAUAUCUAGUAAAUCACAUGAGAAUCCAUACUGGAGAGAAACCAUUUCAGUGUUUGGAAUGUUUGAAACACUUUUCCCAGAAAUUUAGCCUAGUCCAGCAUAUGAAAAUUCACACUGGGGAGAAACCAUUUCAGUGUUCCGAGUGUCUAAAAAACUUUUCACAGAAAUUCGGUCUAGAGCAACACCUCAAAAUCCACACUGGGGAGAAGAGAUACCAGUGCUCAGUGUGCUCAAAAAAAUAUUCCCAAAAAGUUGGCCUAGCACAGCAUAUGAAAAUUCACACUGGUGAGAAACCAUUUCAGUGUUCUGAGUGUCUGAAAAACUUUUCCCAGAAAUUUAGCUUAGAUCAACACCUGAAAAUUCACACAGGAGUGAAAAAAUACCAGUGUUCAGAGUGUCUAAAACAAUUUUUAGAUAAAUCUAGUUUAAUAAAGCACAUGCGAGUUCACACUGGUGAGAAACCAUACCAGUGUUCUGAGUGUCUAAAACAGUUUUCCAAUAAUUCUAACUUAGUAAAACACAUCAGAAUUCAUAUCAAAAAGAAACCGUUUCAGUGUCUGGUCUGUCUAAAAGAAUUUACUAUUAACACUUGUUUAGUAAAACACAUGAGGAUUCAUACUUAAGAGAAAUCUGAAGUUGUUUUGGUACAGUAGUCCCUCAUUGGUAUCUGCAGGGGAUACAUUCCAAAAACUACUAUGGAUACCCAAAACUGUGGAAAAGAGCGAAUCCUAUUUGCAAGUCGCUUUUUGUUUACAUACAUAUCUAUGAUAAAUUUUAAUUGAUGAAUUAUGCACAGUAAGUCAAGAAUUAUAACUUUUUCAUUGAUGGGAAGCACUUCACAGCUUCUCUUAGGCUCUGAAGAACUGCCACCAUCACUACUUUUGCACUUUUGGGCCAUCAUUAAGGAAACUUAAGGGUUAUUUUCGGGCCAAGGUGAACCAUGGAUAAGUGAACCCAUGGAUACAGAGGUUCUACUGGAU